AUGACUCGACGCAAAGUCUUAUUGACAGUUCUAUUUGGAACUGUGUUUCAAAUAUUUUUUUCCAAAACACAUACUCUUUCAACAAAUGAAACAGAAACAAAUGAAUGGGCAUCAAACAAUCCAAAAAAUAAAUGCGAAUCAGCAUCGAUUGAUCAAUUUCCAUCAUUAUUUUUUACUGAACAGCAACGUCGUAAUGGUGGCGUUUUACUUCAUAUAGCACUUAUACUAUAUUCAUUUGCAGCUAUUGAAAUUGUUUGUGAUGAUUAUUUUGCAUCAGCUUUAGAAAAAAUUAGUUACAAUCUAAAUUUAACACCAGAUGUCGCCGGAGCAACUUUCAUGGCAUUAGCAACAUCAGCUUCCGAAUUUUUUACCUCAAUUGUUGGUGUCUUCUUUGUUAAAUCGGAUAUUGCUCUGGGUACUAUUCUUGGUUCGGCUGUAUUCAAUGUACUUUUUGUUAUUGCUCUAUGUGCACUGAUAUCAACAACUGUGUGCGAAUUAGAUGCAUAUCCAAUUGUACGAGAUGCUGGAUUUUAUUGUAUAGCUGUUGCUAUUCUAUUUAUAAUUAUAUAUGAUCAACGUGUUUAUUGGUAUGAAGCAUUAGCACUUGUUGUACUCUAUUUUAUUUAUGUGGCUAUACUGAAAUUUAAUGAUCGUAUAUCACGUUUUAUACGUCGAAGUUCAGGUAAUCAAACACAACGAAAAUCUGAUGAACAUCAUUCUGAACAACUACAAUCAUUAAAUGAUCAUGCUGAAUUAGAACAAAAUUUAACCACACGUCCUCGUUCAGUAUCCGAAUCAGUUGUAAUGAAUACCAUAACACUUAAACAACAAUAUAUGAAACGACGUUCAACAUAUAAACCAUGUCAAAAACGUCUUAAGGAUACAUUAGAUAAUCAUCAAAUAGUUGCUAAUGCAACUGAGAUAUUUGAUCCAUUGAAAUUACCAACAAAAAAAUAUAAAAUAUUAAAAUGGACACUUAUGUAUCCAGUUCGUUUACUCAUGCAUAUAACAAUACCGGAUUGUCGAAAAGAAGUUUUUCAUAAUUAUUAUAUGUUAACAUUUGUCAUGUCAACUAUUUGGGUUGCUGGUCUUGCCUAUUUUCUUGUAUGGCUUGUUGUCACUGUUGGAUCAACUUUAUAUAUUCCAGAUAGUAUUAUGGGUUUAACAAUAUUAGCUGUUGGUUCUUCAAUAGAAGAGAUUUUUUCCGCUAUUGUUAUGACACGGCGCGGCCAUCCAGAAAUGGCUAUUGCAGGCUCAAUUGGCUCAAAUGUAUUUGAUAUUUUAAUGGGCUUAGGUAUUCCAUGGUUAUUUCGUAAUUUAAUGAGAUUUACUUAUCAACAAACUCCGUAUGAAACUGCACCACUUAUGGAUGAUUCAGCUUUAGCAACUUUAACAGUAGGUUCGCCAAAUGAUAUUAGUGUAAUGCCUAUAAACGCAAAUAUUCCAUAUUAUGUUGAAAUUCAUUCGCGAGGUUUAGUUUAUUCAACUAUUGUUCUUUUUGUUGCAAUUCUUACAUUUCUUUUGACAUUCUUUCUAAAUCGAUGUCGUUUAACAAAAUUCUAUGGCGUUUUUCUUAUUAUUGCUUGGUUGUCAGUCAUAAUAUUAAUGUGUCUAUUUGAAUUGAAUGUUUUUGGUCGCUUUCAUGCUGAGACUUGUCGAAAAUGA